AUGACCAACGAGCUAGACCUGUCUUUAUCUUUCUUUCCUUCUCGUUCACUUCUUUUCGAUUUCUCUCUCUCUCUCUCUCUCUCUCUCUCUCUCUCUCUCUCUGUUGCUUUUCUUUUUCUUUCUCUCUUUCUCGCCUGUUCAUUUUCUGCUGCUCGUUCACUCUCUUUCUGUAUUCCCUUCGCCCAUCCUCUCAUUUUGAUUCUUUCUCUCUCUCUCUCUCUCUGCCUCAACCUUGCUUCUAUUUCUGUCUAUUCCUUUCUCUUUCUUUCUCUUUCUCUCUCUCUCUCUCUCUCUCUCUCCUUCUUCUACUCUCUCUGCGGUCACUUCUUCUCGCUUUCUCAUUCUUGUACUAUUUUUCUUUCUUACUUCCCCACUUUUUGUUUUUCUUUUUCUCCACAUUUUUCUUUCGCUCUCCGGUGCAUUUUCUUUCUCCUUUCGCUCAAUCUUUCUUUCUAUCUUUCUUUCUUUCUUUCUUUUCUUUCUUUCAUUUUCUUUCUUUUCUUUUUUCUUUCUUUCUUUUUCUUUUCUUUUUUUUUCUUUCUUUUCUUUUCUUUCUUUUUUUCUUUUUUCAUUUUUUUCUUUCAUUGUUUCUUUUCUUUUUUUUUUCUUUCUUUUUUUUUCUUCUUUCUUUUUCUUUUCAUUUUUCUUUUUAUUUCUUUUUUUCUUUUUUUUUUUUUUUUUUUUUUCUUUUUUUUAUUUCUUUCUUUUUUUUCUUUCUUUUCGUUCUUUUUUUACUUUCUUUUCUUUCUUUCUUUCUUUUCUUUCAUUCUUUCUUUCUUUCUUUUCUUUCUUUCAUUCUUUCUUUCCUUUCAUUCUUUCUUUCUUUCUUUCUUUCUUUUCUUUCAUUCUUUCAGUCUUUCUUUCUUUCUUUUCUUUCAUUCUUUCUUUCUUUCUUUUCUUUCAUUCUUUCAUUCUUUCUUUCUUUCUUUCUUUUUUCUUUUAUUCUUUCUUUUCUUUCAUUCUUUCUUUCUUUAUUUAUUUCCUUCUUUUUUUUCUUUUCUUUCUUUCUUUCAUUCUUUCUUUUUUCUUUCAUUCUUUCUUUAUUUCUGUCUUUCUUUUCUUUCUUCUUUCUUUUUUCUUUCUUUCUUUUCUUUCUUUCUUUCUUUCUUUUCUCGCUUUCUUUUCUGGCCCUCACUCUUACUCUAG